AUGGUUAUGAUAUGCCGGAUUACCGUGAUUCUGUUUAUGGCCGUCACCUAUGCUCUCCAAUGUACACUUUGCGAACUUCAAUACUUCGUUCCGCAACGUAUAAUACCUGUGCAAACGUUUUCUUCAAAUAAUCAACGGUUAUGUUGUCCGACCUAUCCGCAACAAGCGCAGACGAAGCAGGUUUUUGUAUGGUACGGGACCACCAACGGAAAUGGUCAACGAACAGCAGGGAUUUUCUCAAACGUCACCACUAGCGUACAACAACCGCAGCAACAAUAUCAACAACAAUCAACGGAACCAUCUUCUCAAUCAGGAAUUCAAGGAUUCACCUCUUCACCCACACAACAAACAUCAUUCCCUGUUGUACAAGGCAGUGAACAGAUUUAUCAGCAGGGAAAUCUGGGGCCAAUCCAGGUUUCUGAACCUGGAAACGAUCCUCACUAUAUAGACCAAACCAUAGGAGGACAAAACAAUUUUGGACCUAUCCAAUUCCAACCGCAGGCUGGGGAGAAUGGUGCUCCUACUGGCGGCUUCCAACCAACUAAUGUAGACAGGGGAACAAUUAACAGCCAAUUUCAACUGGUAACUCCCGAUACUGCAGCUUACAAUAAUCAAUAUCAACAAGGGAAUUCGGCUGCAGGAUCUUACAAUAGUCCAAACGCAGGAUAUCAAGCCCAAUCCUCAAAUGCAAACGUUGAGUUUACUCCAGUGCCAAAUCUGAUCCAACUCCAACCAGUAACACCAAUCCCAAACUCCUAUGGAGACGAAAAUCCACCGGCUAAUGGGCAGUACUGGCAAACUUCGGGACAACUCUAUAAUGACGCGAACACUAUGAUUCCGAACCAAUCUGGAAUCGGGGAAAUGGGCGCUCAAAAUGAAUGGAUCACUAAUAGUCCCAACAGUCCUUCCGGAAGUGGAGGUUCUCAGAUGCAAUCAAGCACGCCUUCGAAUUAUGUCAUCCAACAGCAAUGGAACAACGGUCGUGGAUCGCCUGGAAAUUAUGAAGCAUCGACGCAGUCCGCUUCUAAUCCCUCAAUUCAGGAGCAAUGGAAUGGAGGUUAUUCAUCGUCGAAUUCAGCUGGGUUGCCACCACAAUACUACUUGGAUACAACUGUCCAACCAAAUAAUAACUACAUGAUUUCAUCCUCGAACUCUGCCACACCACAACCAAUCCAAGAAACGAUGUUCCCAUCUGCUACCCCUGGUCGGAAUCAAGGAGCAACGUCUGGAUCUUCGUAUAUUGGUCCUAAUUUGGAGGCGUCUACGUCCGGAGAUAGUCGAUUUAGCGUAACUCAACCAUCGUCAGCGUUGGGAACUACGUCGAACUCAUUUCAGUAUUCCACACAAAAUCCGAUUUCAGUCAUAUCUCCAGCUAACGGCAUACAACAGACUUCAACUCUCAGACCAUACAAUGAUGGACUGUACUCAACUUCGCCACGCCAGCCCGUCAGCGAGUCGACACCUCUGUUCGCCACUUCAGCAACAAAUUACGCAGAUAACAUAAACCCUGCCUACGUCGCUCCUUCCGUCUAUCAAACAGCUCGGCCGGACAGUUCAACGCAAGGAGCACAAGUUAUCUCGACCACUAAUUCACCUCAAAUAGGAACCGGGACUUAUGGUAACCAGGGAAGAAUUUCUCCUGUUCCCACGAGUUUCGGAACGUCUACACGAUAUGGGCAAAAUGCUAAUGGAGGCUACGUACAACCAGCUUCUGAGGCAGUAUUUGGGCAGAAUUUCGAUAAUGCCGGAGUUGCGGCGAGCCAAAACCCUGCUGUAUUGGACUCAUCAGCUAGAGUGAGUUAA